GUGGGCUGCGGACUGAGUGCUGGAAUGAGGAGUAAUUGAGCUUCAGCUGAGCCGGAGGUAGCUUUCUCCUCCCGGUGUCAUUGCUGCAGCCUCCAGUGCCGGGUCCCUAGUUUCUCAGCUGCCUCUCUUCCCGGUGCAACAUCGCCUGUAAAGACAGCAAAGCCGCCGCAGAAGUUGCCCGGCAGAAGGCUCCGGAGGCAUUGGCUCAGUAACUUUUCACGUCAUUUUUCUGCUCGGGAGCCCCUUCUCGCCUCUCCGCGCAGCCUUUCCCACCGCAAAUCACCAGUGCUCAUGGGGCAGGCAGAGAGGAGCUUGCAGCAUUGAGCGGAACCGGACUCGAGCCCGUGAUGUCCGGCACCAAAUUGGAGGACUCCCCCCCUUGUUGCAACUCGUCAUCUGCUUCGGAGCUGAAUGAAACUCAAGAGCCCUUUUUAAACCCCACUGACUAUGACGAUGAGGAAUUCCUGCGGUACCUGUGGAGGGAAUACCUGCACCCGAAAGAAUAUGAGUGGGUCCUGAUCGCCGGGUACAUCAUCGUGUUCGUCGUGGCUCUCAUUGGGAACGUCCUGGUUUGUGUGGCAGUGUGGAAGAACCACCACAUGAGGACAGUAACCAACUACUUCAUAGUCAAUCUUUCUCUGGCUGAUGUGCUUGUGACCAUCACCUGCCUUCCAGCCACACUGCUCGUGGAUAUCACUGAGACCUGGUUUUUUGGACAGUCCCUUUGCAAAGUGAUUCCUUAUCUACAGACCGUGUCAGUGUCUGUGUCUGUCCUCACACUGAGCUGUAUCGCCUUGGAUCGGUGGUAUGCAAUCUGUCACCCUUUGAUGUUUAAGAGCACAGCAAAGCGGGCCCGUAACAGCAUUGUCAUCAUCUGGAUUGUCUCCUGCAUUAUAAUGAUUCCUCAGGCCAUCGUCAUGGAGUGCAGCUCCAUGUUCCCGGGCUUAGCCAAUAAAACCACCCUCUUUACAGUGUGUGAUGAGCGCUGGGGUGGUGAAAUUUAUCCCAAGAUGUACCACAUCUGUUUCUUUCUGGUGACAUAUAUGGCACCACUGUGUCUUAUGGUGUUGGCUUAUCUGCAAAUAUUUCGUAAACUCUGGUGUCGACAGAUUCCUGGAACAUCGUCUGUAGUUCAGAGAAAAUGGAAGCCCCUGCAGCCUGUUUCACAGCCUCGAGGGCCAGGACAGCCGACAAAGUCCCGGAUAAGCGCUGUGGCGGCUGAAAUAAAGCAGAUCCGAGCCAGAAGGAAAACAGCCCGGAUGUUGAUGGUUGUGCUUUUGGUAUUUGCAAUUUGCUAUCUACCAAUUAGCAUCCUCAAUGUGCUAAAGAGAGUAUUUGGGAUGUUUACCCACACCGAGGACAGAGAGACUGUGUAUGCCUGGUUUACCUUUUCACACUGGCUUGUAUAUGCCAAUAGUGCUGCGAAUCCAAUUAUUUAUAAUUUUCUCAGUGGAAAAUUUCGAGAGGAAUUUAAAGCUGCAUUUUCUUGCUGUUGCCUUGGAGUUCACCAUCGCCAGGAGGAUCGGCUCACCAGGGGACGAACUAGCACAGAGAGCCGGAAGUCCUUGACCACUCAGAUCAGCAACUUUGAUAACAUAUCAAAACUUUCCGAGCAAGUCGUGCUCACUAGCAUAAGCACACUUCCAGCAGCCAAUGGAGCAGGACCACUUCAAAACUGGUAGAAUAUUGGUUCAUAUGACAAGGAUACCUGAGUAAAACUAUCCUUUUUAAAAUCACUGGGAACAAAAAUUCUAUUAUCCUAUUGAUGUGAAGCUAAAAUUACUUGUGGAUCUUUUUUUUUUUUUUUUAAUCUAUUGCUCUUUGGAAAUAAAAAAAAAGUCAGUUUAAAAUGA